GAGCAGUGUGCGUGGAGAUUAGGUCCGAGCGCGCGCCCCAGGAAGGCAGUCCGCGAGCUCCAGCCGCCGCCGGCAGCAGCAGCCUCUGCGAACAGAGCCGCGGCGGAAGCGGGCGCAGGGGAGCGAGCCCGGCCCCGCCAGCCCAGCCCAGCCCAGCCCGGCCCAGCCCAGCCCAGCCCAGCCCUGCCGACACCCUCCCCACACCCGGGCAGCAGCCGCCGUCGCCUGGAGAGAAGGUGGAGGAAGAAAUCCAGCUCCUAGCACGCACGCACCAUCAUGGACCAUUAUGAUUCCCAGCAGACCAACGACUACAUGCAGCCUGAAGAGGACUGGGAUCGGGACCUGCUCCUGGAUCCGGCCUGGGAGAAGCAGCAGAGGAAGACGUUCACAGCCUGGUGCAACUCCCACCUGCGCAAAGCGGGGACACAGAUCGAGAACAUCGAAGAGGACUUCCGAGAUGGCCUGAAGCUCAUGCUGCUCCUGGAGGUCAUCUCAGGUGAACGCUUGGCCAAGCCAGAGAGAGGCAAGAUGAGAGUGCACAAGAUCUCCAACGUCAACAAGGCCUUGGAUUUCAUAGCCAGCAAAGGGGUCAAGCUGGUGUCCAUCGGAGCUGAAGAAAUUGUGGAUGGGAAUGUGAAGAUGACCCUGGGCAUGAUCUGGACCAUCAUUCUCCGCUUUGCCAUCCAGGACAUCUCCGUGGAAGAGACUUCAGCUAAAGAAGGGUUACUCCUGUGGUGUCAGAGGAAGACAGCCCCAUAUAAAAAUGUCAACAUCCAAAACUUCCACAUCAGUUGGAAAGAUGGUCUUGGUUUCUGUGCCUUGAUCCACCGACACCGGCCCGAGUUGAUUGACUAUGGAAAGCUUCGAAAGGAUGAUCCACUCACAAACCUGAACACGGCCUUUGAUGUGGCAGAGAGGUUCCUGGACAUCCCUAAGAUGCUGGAUGCUGAAGACAUCGUCGGAACUGCCCGGCCAGAUGAGAAAGCCAUUAUGACUUAUGUGUCUAGCUUCUAUCAUGCCUUCUCUGGAGCCCAGAAGAUGUGUAGGCACGCUAAGGCCGGAGGGGAAGGCCAUGUGACCUAAUGUUUCAUGUCACUGCCACGCCUUCUCGGUGCGCAGAAGAAAUACCUUUAGGAAAAGGCACCUCUAAAAAUUGCCCAAAGACAACCAGAUGAGCUGGCAGCAGCCCUGGUACCCAGCGGAUGGGCACCUGGACCUGCCUUUCUACUGACUGCAGAGGACGCAGCCCUUCUGUUGGCUCCUCAGUGGCCAGCCUCCAGCUUCCAAGGGAUCCUCCCUGCUGGCCUCCCAAUUUUUCCUCUGCCCCCCCCCCCCACCUCUGCUGCUCUCCCGCUGACCUCUCCUGAACCCUGCCCCCCCCCCCAAGCCGGGAUAGAAGCAGCCUCUCUGCUUGCCUUGGUUGGGGUGUUUACACUCAGCCUGCUAACCACAUAGAGUGCACGGCCAGGCUGACUUGAGGUGGCCUCUCCCCUCUGACCAACUAUCCUGAUCCUUCUUUUUUAUGGUCUUUUGCCUUUAAGGAUUCUGCCCAGGGCUCCAUGCCUGCUGACACUGGCUUUGCCUGUCUUUGAUGCCUUCUCUGUGGCCUGGCUGAUGACAAUGCUCAGGAGGGGCAGAAACAGCAGCCAAUCGCAUCUGCAAAGUGUUGGCGGUCAAUCAAGAGAACGAGCAGCUUAUGGAAGACUAUGAGAAGCUGGCCAGUGAUCUGUUGGAGUGGAUCCGCCGCACCAUCCCAUGGCUGGAGAAUCGGGUGCCUGAGAACACCAUGCAUGCCAUGCAGCAGAAGCUGGAGGACUUCCGAGACUAUAGACGCCUGCACAAGCCGCCCAAGGUGCAGGAGAAGUGCCAGCUGGAGAUCAACUUUAACACGCUGCAGACCAAGCUGCGGCUCAGCAACCGGCCUGCCUUCAUGCCCUCCGAGGGCAGGAUGGUCUCGGAUAUCAACAAUGCCUGGGGCUGCCUGGAACAGGCCGAGAAGGGCUACGAGGAGUGGCUGCUGAAUGAGAUCCGGAGGCUAGAGAGGUUGGACCACCUGGCAGAGAAGUUCCGGCAGAAGGCCUCCAUCCAUGAAGCCUGGACGGAUGGCAAAGAAGCCAUGCUUCGGCAGAAGGAUUAUGAGACAGCCACCCUGUCCGAGAUCAAGGCCUUGCUCAAGAAGCACGAGGCUUUUGAGAGUGAUCUGGCUGCCCACCAGGACCGCGUGGAGCAGAUUGCGGCCAUUGCCCAGGAGCUUAAUGAGCUGGACUACUAUGACUCGCCAAGUGUCAACGCUCGUUGCCAAAAGAUCUGUGACCAGUGGGACAAUCUAGGGGCUCUCACUCAGAAGCGGAGGGAAGCUUUAGAGCGAACAGAGAAGCUGCUGGAAACCAUCGACCAGCUCUACUUAGAGUACGCCAAGAGGGCUGCACCCUUCAACAAUUGGAUGGAGGGAGCCAUGGAGGACCUGCAGGACACCUUCAUCGUACAUACCAUCGAGGAGAUCCAGGGACUGACCACAGCCCAUGAGCAGUUCAAGGCCACCCUCCCGGAUGCAGACAAGGAGCGCCUCGCCAUUCUGGGCAUCCACAAUGAAGUGUCCAAGAUCGUCCAGACCUAUCAUGUCAACAUGGCAGGCACCAACCCCUAUACAACCAUCACGCCUCAGGAGAUCAAUGGCAAAUGGGACCAUGUACGGCAGCUAGUGCCCCGGAGGGACCAGGCUCUCACAGAGGAACAUGCAAGGCAGCAGCACAAUGAGAGGCUACGCAAACAGUUUGGCGCACAAGCCAAUGUCAUUGGGCCCUGGAUCCAGACCAAGAUGGAGGAGAUUGGGAGGAUUUCCAUUGAGAUGCACGGCACCCUGGAGGACCAACUCAGCCACCUGCGGCAGUAUGAGAAGAGCAUCGUCAAUUACAAGCCAAAGAUUGACCAGCUGGAGUGCGACCACCAGCUCAUCCAGGAGGCACUUAUCUUUGACAAUAAGCACACCAACUACAACAUGGAGCAUAUCCGUGUGGGCUGGGAGCAGCUGCUCACCACCAUUGCCAGGACCAUCAAUGAAGUGGAGAACCAGAUCUUGACCCGGGAUGCCAAAGGCAUCAGCCAGGAACAGAUGAACGAAUUCCGCGCCUCUUUCAACCACUUUGACCGGGAUCACUCCGGCACGUUGGGUCCCGAAGAGUUCAAAGCCUGCCUCAUCAGCUUGGGUUAUGAUAUUGGCAACGACCCCCAGAAGAAGACGGGCAUGAUGGACACAGACGAUUUCCGCGCCUGCCUUAUCUCCAUGGGUUACAACAUGGGAGAGGCAGAGUUUGCCCGAAUCAUGAGCAUUGUAGACCCCAACCGCUUGGGGGUAGUGACGUUCCAGGCCUUCAUCGACUUUAUGUCCCGAGAGACGGCAGAUACUGAUACUGCAGAUCAGGUCAUGGCUUCCUUCAAGAUCCUGGCUGGAGAUAAGAAUUACAUCACAGAGGAUGAGCUGCGCCGUGAGCUGCCCCCUGACCAAGCCGAGUACUGCAUCGCAAGAAUGGCCCCCUACGCGGGCCCCGACUCCGUGCCCGGUGCUUUAGACUACAUGUCCUUCUCCACGGCACUGUAUGGCGAGAGCGACCUCUAACCCGCCCCUGCCUCCCUCCACCACCCCCCCACCCCCGGCCUUCUGCGCGUGCGCCCCACCCUGCUCCUCCUCCUCCUCCGCCCAGUCUGGCUGGCUGGGUUCAUUAUUUUCAGCUCAGCCACCAAGGGGGCAGAGCUCCGACCCAGGCGGCAUCAAGCCUCCCUGCCCACAAAGUGACAGUUUACAAAAUUAUUUUCUGCAAAAAAGGAUAAAAAAAAAGUUACGUUAAAAAAAAAUUUUAAAAAGAAAAAAAAAAACAAACAAAAAACUACAUAUUUUAUUAUAAAAAAAAAAGUAUUUUUUUCUCCACCAGUCUUAAAUGGAAAAGAGGAAAAAUUAACUAUUUGCACCGAAAUGUUUUUGUUGUGACAUAGGAAAAUAACCAAGCACAAAGUUAUAUUCCAUUCUUUUUACUGAAGUUUUUUCCUCCUACCUGUUCUGUCUGCUGUAUUCAUUUCUCUAAUUUCAUGCCCACUUGGGGGUGGGGUAGGUGGGUACUCUCAUCAGAGGCACAUUGGUGCAUGUGUGUUUGCUAGCUCACUUGUCCAUGAGAAUAUUUUAUGAUAUUAAAGAAAACCUUUUGAAAUGGCUGCUUUUCAAAGAAGAUAAUUCAUGGCUUCUCAUUUUUCAGUCUCUUCAAAAGUGUGGCUGGCCUGUUUUAUGACUGCAGAGUUGUUAUGUUUUUUAAUUUUGAAUAUUGCCUAUUAAAGAUAGGACAAACUUGGAGAUUAUGAUGUUGCUUGGCACAGACUGUAUUAAAACAACACUCCCGUGACAUUA